AUGUCUGUGUCCUGGAGGAGCUGGCUGGCCAACGAAGGGGUUAAACACCUCUGCCUGCUCAUCUGGCUCUCCCUGAAUGCCCUGCUUUUCUGGAAAACCUUCCUGCUGUAUAACCAAGGGCCAGAGUAUCAUUACCUCCACCAGAUGUUGGGGCUAGGAUUGUGUCUAAGCAGAGCCUCUGCAUCUGUUCUUAACCUCAACUGCAGCCUUAUCCUCUUACCCAUGUGCCGAACACUCCUGGCUUACCUUCGAGGAUCCCAAAAGGUUCCAAGCAGGAGAACCAGAAGAUUGCUGGAUAAAAGCAAAACGUUCCAUAUAACCUGUGGUAUUACUAUCUGUAUUUUCUCAGGUGUGCAUGUGGCUGCCCAUCUGGUGAAUGCCCUCAAUUUCUCAGUGAACUACAGUGAGGAUUUCAUUGAACUGAAUGCAGCAAGACACCGAGAUGAGGAUCCUAGAAAACUUCUCUUCACAACUGUUCCUGGCUUGACAGGGUUCUGUAUGGUAGUGGUGUUAUUCCUCAUGAUUACAGCAUCUACAUAUGCAAUAAGAGUUUCUAACUAUGACAUCUUCUGGUAUACUCAUAACCUCUUCUUUGUCUUCUACAUGCUGCUGAUGUUGCAUGUUUCCGGAGGGCUGCUGAAGUAUCAAACUAAUUUACAAACCCACCCUCCUGGCUGCAUCAAUCUUAACCGAACCCACUAUCAGAAUAUUUCCUUACCAGAGUAUCUCUCAGAACAUUUUUAUGAACCUUACCCUGGAGGAUUUUCAAAACCAGAAGAGCUUACCCGGAAUGCAUUUGUGAAGAUUUGUGUAGAAGAGCCCAGGUUCCAAGCCAAUUUUCCCCAGACGUGGCUUUGGAUUUCUGGACCUUUGUGCCUGUAUUGUGCCGAAAGACUUUACAGGUGUAUCCGGAGCAAUAAGCCAGUCACCAUCAUCUCAGUUAUAAGUCAUCCCUCAGAUGUCAUAGAAAUCCAAAUGGUCAAAGAAAAUUUUAAAGCAAGACCUGGCCAGUAUAUUAUUCUACAUUGUCCCAGUGUGUCUGCAUUAGAAAACCAUCCAUUUACCCUCACAAUGUGUCCUACUGAAACCAAAGAAAUAUUUGGGAUUCAUCUUAAAAUAGUAGGAGACUGGACAGAACGAUUCCGAGAUUUACUACUGCCUCCAUCUACUCAAGACUCUGAGAUUCUGCCAUUUGUUCAAUCUAGAAAUUAUCCCAAGCUGUAUAUCGAUGGUCCAUUUGGAAGUCCCUUCGAGGAAUCACUGAACUAUGAAGUUAGCCUCUGCGUGGCUGGAGGCAUUGGAGUAACUCCAUUUGCAUCAAUACUCAACACCCUGCUGGAUGACUGGAAGCCAUACAAGCUUAGAAGACUGUACUUUAUUUGGGUGUGCAGAGACAUACAAUCCUUCCAUUGGUUUGCAGACUUACUCUGUGUAUUGCAUAACAAGUUUUGGCAAGAGAACAGACCCGACUAUGUCAACAUCCAGCUGUACCUCAGUCAAACAGAUGGGAUACAGAAGAUAAUUGGAGAAAAAUAUCACGCACUGAAUUCAAGACUUAUUAUUGGACGUCCUCGGUGGAAACUUCUGUUUGACGAAAUAGCAAAAUGUAACAGAGGGAAAACAGUUGGUGUUUUCUGCUGUGGACCCAAUUCAAUUUCUAAGACUCUUCAUAAACUGAGUAACCAAAGCAAUUCAUAUGGGACAAGAUUUGAAUACAAUAAAGAAUCGUUCAGCUAA